GCUACCUUCACAGGCUCCUCUUUCGUUGAACUCAAGUGUAAAACCGAUUUCAAGCUACUUAAGCCUGUUAAUUUAUAUUUGCGUCUUGUCAUGUUACCAAAACCACAAAGCCCUCUUUCCUGAAGACUCCCCUGUGGUGGAAAACCUACCAAUCAUUAUGAAGCAUUGACACCCAAGCCUCCAGAGAUGUUAUAACCACUAUAAGCGUUCCAUGACGUUGAAGGUACUCUAGAGCUAUGCUCUGUUGCUAGGCAACAGCUGGAGACGAGAGACGCGAGUUUCUAUGUAAAUAGAAACCUAAUCGCACCGUCAAAAUGAGCGAACUAUAUGAUGUAAAGGAAGCCAGUGUGAUUGAUGAGGAAAUGCUGCAAAAGGCAAUUGCAGAGCAGAGACCUCGAGGGCAGUCUGGACUUGUAGACAAAGAAGAGGGCUUAAGGUACGACAAAGUGACUGAACUGCGCCUGGACUACAGAUACAUCUUAAAGAUAGAACAUUUAUGGCAGUUCACAUCUCUAACCAAGCUUCAACUCGACAAUAAUAUCAUCGAGAAGAUCCAGGGAUUAGAAAAGCUCACUAACCUGGUAUGGCUUGACUUGUCCUUCAAUAAUAUAGAAGUGAUUGAAGGGUUGGAUACGCUCGUGAAACUUCAGGACCUGAGUUUGUUCAACAAUCGCAUUUCUGUAAUAGAGAACAUGGAUGCACUGCAAAACCUGCAUAUCCUCUCACUUGGUAACAAUUUGAUCUCGCAGCUUGACAAUAUAAUAUACCUAAGAAAAUUUAAGAACCUGCGCACACUUGACCUUGCUGGAAAUCCAGUCUGCGAAGAUGAAAACUGCAAAGUCUUUGUGGCUGCGUACCUGUCAGACCUGGUUUACCUCGACUACAGGCUACUAGAUCACCAAACUCGAGAAAAGGCACAGCACGAGUAUAACAAUGCAGUUAAGAAUAUAAUAGACAAAGAACUUCAGGAGCAGAGAGCAAUAGAGGCUCAGAAAAAGAUGGAACAAGAUCUUCAGCUGCAUAAGGAUGCUUUUGUGGAACAUUUGGAUGGGUCUCAUCUAUUUGACAGCAUGUUUGCGGAUGAUGUUGAGGCAUCUAAGUUGGCACACCUUCCUGGAGUUGAUAAACUACUGGAAUCAUAUCAGACACAGUUUGAUGCAUUAUGCCUUCAGAUUUUUGAAGCGGGAUUGACACAGCAAACUCAAAGGCAGAAUGAGGUGGACUGCUUCUUCACCUGUUUGCAAAAGGCCAUGGCUGACAAUCAGCAGAGAGGAGCUCAAAUAAUAGCUGACUUUGAGAGGUCCAGGAGACAGGUGAUGGCUGAGAUGCAGCAGGAAGCAGAUCACAGUUUGUUGAAGGUCAGAGUCAGGAAUGAGAUCACGCAGAUGCGGGAAACUCUCCUGACUCUGGAGGUGCAACUAGUGGCUCAGUUAGAGGACAUCAUUAAAGACAUUGAGAGAAACAUCACAGACCUGGUUGGAGGCUUUAUUGAAUUUGUGCAAGGCAUAUUUGCCCAGUGUCGAGAUCUGGAGAACUACCAUCAUGAGAAAGUGCUCAAUAUUGCUGUGGCAACACUGGAGAAAGUGGUUAAGAAUGAGCUGAAGGAGGAUUUGCCUGAUGAUGUACUCUUGCUCUUCGUGGACAAAGACACGGUGAUCAACGCAGUCAGCGUGUCACAUGACACACACCUGCUGAAGAUUGACAACAGAGAGGAUGAGCUCUUGACACGGAUCAACGGCUGGAAGAAUGAACUAAUGAAGUCGAUACAUGAUGAUGAGGUUCAAAGGAAUCGCAAACGUGUCUCAGAAAUGCAGAAAUAUGUUGAUUAUGCUUGUGACCAGCUGGAGGAGACACUGUUGCCUGAUUACCAGUAGCAGGAGCAGAGCUGGACUGGGACAAAAAUCUGGAGUCUCACACCCACCCAGGCCAAUGCUUUAUGAGACCACUGACCACCUACUGUAAUGUUCACUCACUAACCAGUUUCUUAGGAACCUCUGUACAUCUACUCAUUCAUGCAAAUAUCUAAUCAGCCAAUCUUAAGAUUAAACACCAUUUUAAGUUCCCUUAAAAAUGUCUGUUAUUUUACUACAUUUCGCAGCAUCCUCUUUACGGAGGACUUUAUUUUUUCGUGUUUUUUUCCUCUCUGCUCCAACAAAAGCAGUCCAAAGACUGCUUUGUCCAGUCUUCAGUAUGUGAACAUUGCUUUCUGUUUCACAUUGCUUUUAUUUACAUAAGCUGAAUAGAUGAUAUUAUGGGUAUAAGCCUAAGUGGUGGAUGAAAUGGG